CUACAGCAGCCUUUCCACUAGCCUCUGUGUCCUGCUCAGUCGCAUCAUAUCACUCUACUCACACCAGUCCGGGAGGAAGAUGGGGGUCAAUACUCGCUGUGUUGCUCUGCUGGUUCUGCUGCUGUUAGCUCAAGUCCUAAGCGGUGUUCACUCUCAGGAGGAGGAAGAGGAGGUCCAGGAGGAGCAGGAGGAGGAGGUGCAACCAGAAGAGGAGGUGCAGGAGGAGGAGCAGCAGCAGGAGGAAGACGUCCUAGAGACAUGGACAGGGAAAGCCUGCACAUGUGACUGUGAAGGGGGGGAGUCUGCGACAGGUACCCCCACUAUGACAUCACCUGUCCUGGCCACAUCGCCUCCUCAGAGCCGCCCACUAGACUGCAUGCCAGAGUGUCUCUAUCACAAGCCCCUGGGGUUCGAGGCUGGUUCAGUGGCACCGGACCAGAUUAGCUGUUCUAACCAGGAAGAGUACAGUGGCUGGUAUUCGUCCUGGACCUCCAACAGGGCACGACUCAACAGCCAGGGCUUCGGGUGUGCAUGGCUGUCUAAGUUCCAGGACAACAGCCAGUGGAUCCAGAUUGACCUGCAGGAUGUGGGUGUGGUCUCAGGUAUCCUGACCCAGGGUCGCUGUGAUGCUGAUGAGUGGCUGACUAAGUACAGUGUCCAGUACCGCACCGAUCAGAACCUAAACUGGAUCUACUACAAGGACCAGACUGGCAACAACAGGGUGUUCUAUGGGAACUCGGACCGCUCGUCGUCCGUUCAGAACCUGCUGCGUCCUCCUAUUGUGGCCCGCUAUGUUAGGCUCCUCCCUCUGGGUUGGCACACCCGCAUUGCCCUGCGCAUGGAGCUGCUGAUGUGCAUGAGCAAGUGUACCUAAAACCUAUGACCCUAAUAACCCUAACCCCUAACCUCUAACCCUGUCUAUCCUACUGGGCACUGAUGUCAGUUCAACGUCUUGUUUUGAUUUACAUUUGGUUAAGUUGUCAACUAACGUAAAUUCAACGUGAAAUCAAGAAACAAAUUCACCAUGUCAUGUGAUUUAGGCUAAAAGUUGGGUGAAAAUAUGAGGAAAUGCUCUCAAGUGGAUUUGUUUUCCACAUUUAUUCAACGCUAUCAAAUGUAUUUUUUGUGUUGAAAUGACAUGGAAACCACAUUGAUGGACCCAGUUUUUGCCCAGUGAGGUCAGUGUCCACCUUACCCUUCCAUCUUAACUCCCAGACGCUUGCCAAAGGGCGACAUUAUUUAAGCAUUUCAUUGUACACUUGGCUGUAUGACGUCCACAUGACAAACCUAACUUUGAUUUGUCACUGGUCCGGUAACCCUGUCAAGACACAGUACCGAGCUAGUAGCAAUAGAAUGAUGUCUUGAUCUCUUUCCCUGUUUGUCUUCUAGGGGCUGUGGUUGUCAGUGUGUUUUAUUGGCAGAGACCAUUGUGUGUUUACCUUUUUUAACUAUAGUAAAUAAUACAGUAUUUAAUUUGCAUAUACCCUGCCCAUUCCCCUCCACAUAUUCCAAUUUGUGCCACCCACAAGUUGAAAACUACAUGCCAAGUACACUAUAUGACCAAAAGUAUGUGGACACCUGCUCGUCGAACAUCUCAUUACUAAAUCAUGGGCAUUAAUAUGGAGUUGGUCCCCCCUUUGCUGCUAUAACAGCCUCCACAAUUCUGGGAAGGCUUUCCACGAGAUGUUGGAACAUUGCUGCGAUAAUUUACUUCCAUUCAGCCACAAGAGCAUUAGUGAUGUUGGGCAUUGAUGUUGGGCCCAACACAAGUUGCAUUCUUUCAGAGACAGAAAAAAACGUGUCUGCUUGUAUAUUUAGCAAUGAAUCCGCCGAUAGGAACAUCGCUGACUCUAUGGAACAAGGACAACCAUAUCUACACCCACAAAAAUGUGAAUUGCAAUCAAUAUAACAUAGAGCCAUCGUGAAAUGCCACUAAGCAGGAUCCCGCCCCCAUCAAUACACCUGAAGCAGUCAUAGGGUGUAUCGUUCAGCGCGCGACGCCCUGCCCUGCUUUCCUCCUGGGCUGUUAUGUGUGAAACACAUCUCACUGUCCUAGAAAUGCCUCAGACAUGAUGAAACCA